UUUGAAGAUUGACAAUAUGUUUUGGACAGUUAUUAACCUGUGUGCUCGGUACUUUCAACACUGUGUUGAGGUAUUUCAAUUUGAUUACCACAGAGUCAAUUGAUGUCUGAUCCCCAGCUGACAAAGACAGAGCUAAGCGAUGAUGUUGAUGGGAAAUUCAAACACUUGAGGGCAGUAAACCGUCAGAACAGCUGUCAACCAUAGCAUUUACAGUACAGCUGUAGUGUGACCUCUGCAGUGACAUCAGGUGGCAUCUAGUUUAACAUGUAUAGUUAAUCUCCCUUCAACUUCAGUAUAGGUCGGGAUGCCGCUUGUGAUGCUGGGUUGUCUUGAACACCGUAUUUUAACGCUGCGUUCAUAUGCAUCGUGUUAUUGAGAAAUAUUUUAAAUAUUUAUCUACAAAAAUGCAAAUGGACUGACUAACUUGUGGUCAUUUUAAACCGCUUUAUGUUCCUUUUUGUCCAUCUCUUUGUUGUCUCUUUGUUUACUUUAACUGAACUUUCAAACCCGAGAUAUGAACAGUUCCUUCAUACAGAGGCUCUGGGCUGGAGCAGAAGUUACAUUUGUUUAUGUUGGUUUACGAAAAGGUGAAGUGUAACGUGAGGUGGCAUGAAGUGCAUGCGUGAUGUGAUACUGGACAGUUCUCGUACUUUCCCCCCACCAAUGUGUCAGAGAGUCAAGUCUGGAAAACAAACGGCACAUGAACAUGAGUCUCCUGCAGCUGAAAGGACAGAUUCACUCAACUUUGCCAAAAUCCAGCAGAUGGAAUAAAACCAGUGCUCGGAGGCAGAUGUUGAACAGCUUCAUCGAGAGCGAAGGAUGAGAAGAAGGAGGAAGCAGUGAAUUAGACCCUGAGGCAGUCAAACAGCUUUGGAGGAAACCCGCCAUCCCGGUGGUUUGAGAUCUGCUCGAAAAGAAAAAAAAGAUUGAUGACAUGAUCAAUGGAGAUCCCACUGCUGUUUCUUAUUUUUGCUAUGCAUCAAGUCGACAACGCCAGAAUGAACAGUUGUUCCGGUGUCUCCGAAAAAAAUCUCAUCUGCUACAACGACUACAGUCAUAACAUCACUUGUGUCUGGAACAGUACACACGAGUCUGACCGCCCAGGUGCUGCGUGCAAACUACACGCCAUAAGGGUGAAUACUUUGACGCGGAACUUUUCCGACAGCCCUGCCUACAACACUUCCUGUGAUCCAGAGCCUGUUAACGUCCCCAGACUGGCGCUACAGAAGUGUUCCCUGAUCUUCAAGAGGGAGGCAAUUUUUCAGUCCUUCCAUGAGUUGUCCAUUAGUCUGGGCUGUGACGCAGCAGAGCAAAAUUUGACCAUUACCUACAAGCCAGCGUGCAACAUAAAGCUGAACCCUCCGGGAAAACCAGACAUCAACCAUACCUCCGUUUCCUGGCUAAACCGAGUUAAGAAGCACGAAAGAUUCUCAUUGUACACCUCCCACCUGCAGUGGAAAAAAGGGGAUCAGUCAUGGAAUGAUCCCUCUGUGCAAAAUAAAAAGAAGAACUGUGAACAAGUCUGCGUGGCAGAGCUGGACCCAAAUUUGCUUAUACAAGGAGAGAGGUACGAGGCACGCGUACGGGUGCAAACCUGUGAUGGCCAUUUAAAGUCAACAUGGAGUGACUGGGGCCCCACUGCAUCAUGGGUGUCACCCGUAGAAUCAUCCAAACUGGAAAAUUGGCCAAUAUCAGGUGUUCCUGGGGGUUUACUGGGAGUGACCAUCGCAGGCGUAGCGGUUGCCUUGUUUCUGGUUGUCAUACUCUUUAGGAAUGAGAAAAUCAUCUGGAUGUACAUGGUAAAGAAGUUCAGAGGUCCGCCUCUACCAGACCCAGCAAAGUCCUUCCUGCAGGAUGUAAAUUUCCAGAAUUGGUUGAGCCCUCACUUCAUCAGCAAAUCCUCCCGUUCCUCCUUGAAACCGGAGGAAUUCCUCUCUGUAGAGGUAACCUCCACUGCGGAUGCUGUCAUGCUCUGCAGGUCAGAGGCGGCGCUGCUAGAGAAGAUGAAAAGUGAAAGCAGCUACGAGUCGACCAGGUCCAGCUACUCCAACCCCAGUUACUCCAAGCUGUGUCCUCCUCCCCCUGCCUCCUCACCCAUAACGGGGACUCCGGGGCCCUGUGCCGCUGAUACACCUAACGGACCUGUUGGUAGACAAUGUGAAGGUAAAACUACAGAACAGGAUAGGGAGGAAGAAAGAAGGAAAGCAGUGGAGCUCCAACAGUUGCUUUCCAAAAGCGACAGCAACAGUGAGCGAGUGCAAGUAAUGUCAGACUACGAGAAGGUUGAGAAACUCCACGCCGAGCGCCUCAGGCUCCAGAGUCUAGAUUCAGGGAUGUGCAGUGGCGAAGAGGUCAGUCAAGAGAGUCUGGAAGCAGAUAGCAUCGGUGCGACUGAUAGUCAUGAUGAGGGGCCAGAUGGCAAAGGGCAGGAGAGAGAGGGAGGGAAUGGAAAAGAAGUAGAUUUUCAGAAGCUGUUUGGAGGCAGUGGAAACUUUUUUGGCAAAGGGUCCAUUCAGGUUUGUUCCGAUUAUGAGCAAGUCCAGACGCUGCAGCCCUGCAGCCCUGAGCUCCCUAGCCUGGAUUCAGGGGUUAGCAGCGCGAGCGAGGAGCAAGUGAGUCACGAGGAGAGCCUGGAGGAAGUCGAUAAGUCCCCUGAAACCAAAAGCUUCUUGUUUCCGCCUCCUCUUUCCUGUGCUUUACCAUGCUCCGCGCCUGCUUUCCCACAACUGCCGUUGAAGUUCAUUGGGACGGGUUUGAGUCCAGCUCUGCGGCUUCCAAGUCCAAGUCACAUAGGGGGGGGGGAGAUGUUAAUGUCCAGGCCAGUGGAACCCUCGGGUAAUGGAUAUAUGCCAGUGAAACAGGAACAGAGUUAAAAAUAAAAACAGCAAAUGCUUUAAAAAAAAAAAAUGGUAUGAAGCACAUGCAGGAUUGAUGGCAGCUAGUUAACUUAUACUUGUUAAGUGUUCUUUACAGUAUGUAACAUCCUAUCAUAUCACACAUUUAUAGAGUGCUCAUCGUGUCUGAAGGAAGGGGUGAUUUUAAUUCAUGUAUUUUUUUCUACACUCUUAUUACACAUAUUUAUCACAAUUAUUUAUCAUAUAUCACGUAAUAUUUACCUGCACCCCUUCGUGUGAUGACAAAACAUAUAAGUACAUAAAAACCAUCAAAAUAUUAGAAAACGGAAAAAAGAGGAGAAAAAAAGGGCUUAUUUCCAGUCUUAAUUUUUCAUACCAUGUUUUUCUUGCUUUUUAUACUUUAAACAGAAGUCAGAGUCACUGCUGACUUAUAGAAAUAAGAGGAAUGUAUCUGAUGUUGGAAGCUAUAUUGAGCUAUAAAAUGUUGCGAGUGGCCAGGUCGCUUUUCUGAUGUGUUUUUUAUACCGACCAAAUCACCGCGGUAUCUUGUCAAGUGUUUUAUCGUAAACAGUCAUGGAUUUGCUUUUGCUGCUCACCAAAACACGGUUUGUUUGUGUGUGUGUGUGUGUGUUCUUACAGGCUAAAACACAUGUUAAAUGCAUUUUCCUACCUCAUAAAAACCUUGCAAUGCAUUUAUUUUUUGAUCUUUUGAAAGCUUCGCUUUUUAUUCCAGCUUGCAGUCUUCUUCUCGUUCUCCUCUUUCACUGGUGCCUUGGUGCUGUGCCCACUCCGUCCGACUGUUAGUGCAGUUUGAAGUCUACAGGACUGUUUUAUUGAGUCUCUCCUGUGCUUAUGGCUCGUGUGUGUGUGUGUGUGUGUGUGUGUGUGUCUGCUAGCGCAACAUGACAUAUAAACCAUACAGGGACCCACUCAUUCAUCAUUGUGCCACUAAAGGUCAUAUAUGGAAAUUAUAUUAGAAAUUACUGAUUAAUAUUGGUUUGGCAGGUAUAUCAAAAAGUACUGACUGUGGAGAUGAAUAAAUUGUUGACUUCAGUUAAAUCUGUAUUAGGAUUUUGUUUUUUCAAUAUUAAUGAAAAAAAAGCCCCACUAUUGCUGUGCCCCUUCUUUUGUUGUUGUUUUAACUGUACACUUUAUGAAAUGAUGUAAUGUAAAUACUGAAAGAGCAAACUUUGUUCGAUGGUGACAGAUAAUCCUGAUAAUGUUAUUGGGAGAAUCUGGAUUUUACAGAAAUGGAAAUAAAGAUU